AUGGCAGCACAGGUAAAUGUUGGUACUCGCCACCUCCCACAACCAUAUAAAAAUUACAACUACAGUUGUGCGAUGUUUUUAAGUGAGUGGUACUGCAAGAAGUCCAUUCUGGCUCUUGUGGAUGGACAGUCAUGGGACAUGUAUAAGCCUUUGACCAAAUCUUGUGAAAUUCAGUUUCUUACUUUCAAAGAUCGUGAUCCAGGAGAAGUUAAUAAGGCUUAUUGGCAGUCUUGUGCCAUGAUGAUGGGCUGUGUGAUAGAGAGGGCAUUCAAAGACGAAUACUUGGUCAGUUUGGUCAGAGCUCCAGAAGUGCCUGUGAUUGCUGGAGCCUUCUGCUAUGAUGUAGUUUUGGAUAAGAGGCUUGAUGAGUGGAUGCCAACAAAAGAGAACCUACGUUCUUUCACAAAAGAUGCUAAUACUUUAAUUUAUAAAGACCUCCCAUUUGAAACUCUGGAAGUUGAUGCAAAAGUGGCAUUAGAAAUAUUUCAAUACAACAGGUGUAAAGUAGAUCUCAUAGAAGAGAAAGCAUCUCAGAAUCCUGAGAGAAUAGUUAAGCUGCACAGAUUUGGUGACUUCAUUGAUGUGACUGAAGGCCCUCUUAUUCCAAGAACAAGUAUUUGUUCCCAGUUUGAAGUGUCAGCGGUUCACAAUCUUCAGGCCACCAGGUCAAGUCUUAUACGAAGAUUCCAGGGUCUCUCUUUACCUGUUCACUUAAGAGUAACUGAAGAUCAAACUAAACCUGCAGAUGAAAGUGCAUCUACCUAGUAGCUUCCUAAAAUUUAAACAUGUAUAGUAAAUUAAAAUAAAAGUUUUUUUAUGUAA